ACGUCAUCGUGGGAGUGUUCCAUCGGGAGAAAUGAACGUUCAUCAACACCAUCCUCUCAGCGCCCAUCAUGUGACAUCCCGAAACAUUAGUGGAAACUGUUGACCGAAGAGGAAAGAACACCCCAGCUCUUGUACUUUGAAAGAGUGUUCAAAGGAAGUGGGUUUUGGAAAUUUCCUUGGGAUACUUAGGCUUUUUCUAUGCAGUGAAAUCCCAAUAGGCCUGCUGAUGACCGGAACUCAAGCCAACCCUGAGCUGUAAGCCGGAAGAGGAGAAGCUGGACGGAGGACGAGCAUGUCUUUGAGCCAAUCCGCAUGCACGCGCACAGGGCCCGAGUGAGUGAGCGCCAUACUCCUUGCUUCCCGACUUUUGAAGCUGCCUCUCAAAGGGGGUGUGGUGUUGGGGCGUAGCUAGACCCCCGCACCCCCAGAGUUAACCCUGUGGCUGAGCAUCAGCCUGGCGCCCCCUGAUGGAUCAGGCUAGUAGUGAGCAGAGUCCUGAGGAGCCGGAUGCGGGAGGUCGGGCGGAGCAGGAGGUGGGCCGAAGGGCAUCUGAGUCGGAGCACGGCCUGUCCAAAAUCACCCACAAUGCACUGGAGAACAUGGGCGCGCUUGGCCAUGGCCUGAAGCAGCUUUUCCAGCCGCAGCGCCGCCGCUCGUCCGUCUCCCCGCACGACGCCGCCGCCUCCUCCUCAGGUGGCCCCGCCCUUGAGCCCCCUGACGGUGGGGGGCCAGAGGUUGGGGACGCCCACUCGGCAUCCGGUCCGGACUCUGACCCCCACACUACUUCCUCCGUUCCCCCUGCAGCUCUGAGCCGCGUUCUGCAGCAAAUCCGUGGCGCACCCCCCAUAAUGAAGCGAGGGACCAGUCUGCAGAGCCGCCGCACUAAGGCGGGGGGGACCGGGGACCCCCCCCAGAAAGGCAGCCCCCAGAUCCACCGGAGGAGUACCCAGGAGGUUAUGCUGCUGCAGGCUGGCCGCCCGCGCUCCUCCUCCACCACGGACACGCCCACCAGCCCCGCCCUGGCCGACAUGCUGCUCACUUCCGGGUACCACUCCACUGAGGAGCCUGACAGGCUGGAUGGUCUGGACGGUUCCGGCCCGGCCGUAUCGCCCAACGCCCUCUCCUGCGGAGCCGACGGUUACGGGCUGGACUCUGUCGACACCACCCCUGACCCCCAGCGCACAAAACAGGCCAUCGCCCAGCUGCAGCAGAAGAUCCUCAAGCUCACAGAGCAGAUCAAGAUUGAGCAGACGGCCAGAGACGACAACGUGGCCGAGUACCUGAAGCUGGCCAACAACGCGGACAAGCAGCAGAGUGCCCGCAUCAAACAGGUGUUUGAGAAGAAGAACCAGAAGUCGGCCCAGACCAUCCAGCAGCUGCAGAGGAAGCUGGAGCACUACCACCGCAAACUGAGAGAGGUGGAGCACAACGGUAUCCCCCGUCAGCCCAAAGACGUGCUCCGAGACAUGCACCAAGGCCUCAAGGGCGUGGGCGCUAAGGUCACCGGUGGCCUCUCCAGCUUCUCCCACGCCACUCACUCGGCGGCCGGGGCCGUGGUGUCCAAGCCUCGAGAGAUCGCCUCCCUCAUCCGCAACAAGUUUGGCAGCGCAGACAACAUCUCUGCCCUGAAGGACUCCCUGGACGAGCCCCAGGAAGAUGGUCACGUUCUGGGGACUGGGGGGUCCAGGACCCUGGGGGGGGCUUCUAGCCCCAAGUACGGCAGCGAGGAUGACUGCUCCAGUGCCACCUCCGGCUCGGCUGGGGCCAACAGCAUCACAGGGGCCCCCGGGGGCCCGCCCAGCUCUAAGGGCUUGAACACACUGGAGCACGGUCAGAGCUUGGGCUUGGAUACGCUGCUCCACGAGGUCCAGGAGCUCCGGGACAGCCAAGGUCGGCUGGAUGAGUCGUUUGACAGCCUGAAAAGCCAUUACCAGAGAGACUACACCAUGAUCAUGCAGGCAUUGCAGGAGGAGAGAUACAGGUGUGAGCGUUUGGAGGAGCAGCUGAAUGACUUAACAGAGCUGCACCAGAAUGAGAUCCUGAACCUGAAGCAGGAGCUGGCCAGCAUGGAGGAGAAGAUCGCCUAUCAGUCUUAUGAGAGAGCUAGAGACAUUCAGGAGGCUCUGGAGGUGUGCCAGACGCGUAUCUCCAAGAUGGAGCUGCAGCAACAACAGCAGCAGGUGGUCCAGCUAGAGGGCCUAGAGAACGCCACGGCCCGGACCUUGCUGGGCAAGCUCAUCAACGUACUGCUAGCCGUCAUGGCCGUGCUCCUGGUAUUCGUCUCCACCGUGGCCAACUGCGUGGUGCCCCUGAUGAAGACGCGCAGCCGCACCUUCUCCACGCUGCUCUUUGUCGUCCUCCUCGCCUUCCUGUGGAGGAACUGGGAGGUCAUCUCGCAGUACCUGGAUCGCUUCCUGCUGUCCCCUAGUUGACCUACAGGGGUGGGGCUCUCUUAAUGAGUGACGAAGGGAGGCGACGGUGGGGCGGGCCUCCCUGAACAUUGAGGGACAGGCCUGGUGGGGGUUGACUAACUAACAAACCCGUACUCUGCCUCUGAUGCAUGUGGUGGAACCAGGCCAGCACAAAGGGCAGGUUUAGCGGAAAGGAGGAGGAGGAUGAGGAGCCAGGAGAUCUGCACACUUACUUCUCUCGCUCUCUCCAAGCAGUGAAAUUGUUUACACGUGGAAGAUGUUUUCUUGCUUUUAGAAUUGAUUCAAGUGGUAUUGAAUUGUUCUUCUUGUUAUUGCAGUCAUUCAUGCAGAUGCUUGAGGGCUUUCUCUUGUGGCAGGAUUGGGAAGGUAAACAGCUGGCAUGUUGAGGAUCCACAUGGCUAGUGACUUUACCCUUUUUCCGUUCUCAUUUUCUCUACAUCCAAAAUCUCUCUUCCUUUUCUCUCUUUAACCCUAAAAUCUCUCCUUUCUCCCUUUUCUUACUCCCAAUAUGUUCUCUUCCGUGUUUGUCUUCCUCUGCCCCUCUUCUCAAUCACCCCAGUCUUUGCCCAUUUCACUAAAUCAUUCUUCUUUCUGGGAGAUUUGAUGUGACUAGCUACAGUGCACUGCUGUGGACAAAAUCAAAUUUAUCACUGGAUCAAGCAAGUGAUGGGUUCUUGACUUGUUUCUAUUGGACGAGCUAAACGCGACGUUGGGCCUGAUUGGAUCAGGACUGAGUCGGAAUAUGCUCAGCUUGAAGCCCCGCACUCUUGGCCUGGCCUGUUGGAUCUGCCCCUGCUGAGACUAUAAACUAAUCUAUAAACUGAAUGAACAUACUUGAAGAGCUGUGAAGGUUCUCAGUCUUUCAGUGCUUCCGUACUGUUUCUAUUAGUGACAAUGAAAUGUAAACUUUUUAUUUUUUAAAACAAAUAAACAUGCGGUUUUAAAAAUGAAGAAUUGAGUCAACACAUCCCUUUCAACCUCA